UUUUUAUCAUGAACCAUAUUUUUUAGGUGCUAAGGAAAUAUUUUAGAGAAGAGUGUAAAACAAUCAACUGCAAAUAUAAGUAACGCUGACUUGCUGUUUAAUUUACUCAUUUACUUAAUUUCAAUUACUCUAUUAACAUUGGAAACCUUUGAGUAUAAAUUUUUCAACUGAUAAUUAAUUCCAUAAAUACAGUCAUUCCAAGGUAGUCUAAUCAAGUUUGACUAAAAACAAAAUCUGUGAUUUAACCCAAAGUUGUCCUGCAAAGAUAUUUAUUAAAAAAUUGGUGAAAUGAAAACUUUCCAAAUAAUUGUAUGUUUGAUUGUCGCUGUCAAUUUAAUUGAUGCUUCGUCUACUGGAUGUCGUAUUAAGUGUUUCUUCGAGUGCAUGUUUAAGACUGAUCCGUGUGUAACGGCAGACUGUCCAUGUCCUGAGGAAACUUCGACAGAAGCAACAACGAACACAACAUCGAAUGAAACAAGUUCAGAGCCUCAAACAACGAUUAUUACAACUACAGGGACAAAUGCAUCUCGGUUUUCCGCUCCACCAAUGCCAUCUUUUAUACCAUCAUUUAAGCCUGAUGAUACAAAUUCAACAUCGAGCAAACAAUCAAUUUUUAUUUCAAAAUUAAUUGAUGCGGUAAUUAAUCAAGCCAACUCGAGCACAACCACUCAAACAACCGAUAGUGUCAACUCAACUGCAGCCACAAUAACCUCAGACGCACCGACAAGUGAGCUGAGCGUAAAAGAUCAAAAUGUAACAAGUACUGAUACAAGUGUAACCACGAGCGAGAUUGCGUCUAGUUCAGUUGCACCUCUUGAUGUAACAGAAGUGGUAAGCGAUGGAACAAACGGAAUCACUGUUAAUGAAAAUACUACAGACAAAGCUUCAGAAUCAACAACAGUUGCUGCCACAGAAAGCUUGACCAAUAGCUCGAGUAAGACAAUCAUUGAAAGCAAUAAUACAACUCAAAAAUUAACUGAUGAAAAUUUGACAACAGUUGACAGUCUAAGCAAUCCAAAUGCAUCCACUGAAAGCCCGAAAGCAAAUAUACUCAAUACAACUGUGAUAAGUGAAAUUGUGACCGACAAUGGCUCUAACUUGACAGAUAAUAAGACUGUCGGAUCGUCCAAUGCAACAGAAUCAAUUGCUGAUACUAACUCGACAGUUAAUAACCUAAAGCCUGCGAAUAUAACUUCAGAUUCAAUUACACCCAAUAAUGAGACUGGAAUUAAAAAUGAUGGCACAGGAUUGGCAGGAAAUGUAACCGAUUCGACCUCAAGCAUCAAUAGCACAUUGAGUGAAACAAGUUCAAGUUCAACUGUAACUCGACCUGAUGUUAGUAACACCACAAAUAGUGUUACAAAUGAAACAGCAUCUACUCAAGAUUCAACCAGUGAAAUGAAAGCGAAUGCAACUGAAACUCAAGGAAAUUCUGAAGCUAAUAAUACGACCAGUGAAACUAAUGUAACCCAGGAUCUAACCACAAGCAUAACCAACAACGAUGCUUCUACAGUCACUGAUUCAUCACUUACAGGAGAAAUUGAUUCAGUAAAUGAAAAUGUUGAACUUGAUACAAUUGCAACCAACAAUGGCCUAAAUAGCACUGAACCUGAAGUCACUACACUGGUACAACCAGAAAACACUAGUGCAACCAAGAACGAAACAUCAAUUUAAUUAGAUAGGAAUGAAGUCACAUCCAGUAUUCAAACCACAGUAAUAUUGAAGUUACUAUAAAAUAUAUCAAUAAAUUUUUAUUCAAUUUUUUCAUAAUUU